GCAGCGCUUUAGUUCUGAUCGGUACUUCUCUUGUGACAGUGGGUUGACGUCGCUUGUUCUGUAUAAAGUGUGUUUAAAGUGCUAUAAAAAAUUAUAAUCUGAAUAUGGUCAAUAGUAAGCAUCCGUAUGCUGGUGUACAACUUGGAUUGUCAGACGAGAUGAGCAAUGCAACGGCACCGCCACCUGCCUACAUGAUGCAAGCAGACCAUGUGACUUCAGCGCAGCCCAGCGGCAGCGGUGUACAGUUGAUAGGUGACCCUCAGUUGCCUAACUUUUCGACAAUACCUAUGAAUGCAAAUCCGCCGGUGGGGCCAGAAUCUACACAAAUACGCUGUCCCCAAUGUAAAUGCACCGUGAAGACGAAUGUUCGAUAUCGUUCGACCACAAAAACGCAUUUGGCUUGCAUAUUGCUUUCGUGGACUUGUUGUUGUUGCUGUUUGCCGUACUGCAUGAAUUCAUGCCGAAAUGCGAACCAUUUUUGCCCCAUGUGUGGCACUUUCAUAGGCACCUAUCAAUCCUAAGUGCGCAAAAGGAGUGCAGGAAGGGAGAGCCCACCAGUAAAAUACAUUAUCUACAUACAUAUGUAUGUACAUGUUCAUAUAAAUACUAUGUUUGUAAACAUUCCAAUAUAUAAAUAAAGAUCUACAAUUCCAUGCCGGAUGUGUACUGACAUAUACAUA